AUGGAGAAUGCAACAUUUUCCCUUUCACCCUCCGAUGGAGCGCCUUACUGCUACACAACACUUCAUGUGGUGAACUGGACAAAAUCUGGUGAAGCUCUCGGUGAGGACAAUGUUUGUCAAGAAUAUUUUCUGAAUGGUGGAGUGAAGAGGGUACUUGAAAAAGAUGAGAAAAGAGCCAGGCUUGCUCUUGCCAUGGCUACUCCAGCCUUCAAUGUGCAAACAUCUGAAAAGAAAGAUGAUUAUUCCGCAUCAAAUGGUAUAUUAAUGAAUCUGGAUGCUUCCAUUUCAAAGUUGUUAUGUUUUUCAGGAAAGAUCAGAUUACUGGAUGUCGGAAGCUGCUUUAAUCCAUUUUUGAAGUUUGAUGAAUUUCUAGCUGUUGGCAUUGACAUUGUGCCUGCAGUGGAGAGUGUAUACAAAUGUGACUUCCUCAACCUUCAGCUGCAACAACCCCUCCAGCUUGCUCAAGAUGCAAUAGAUGCCUUUCUCAAGCAGCUAAAAAAUCCAAUUGAUUCUCUUCCAGGAGAGCUGUUUCAUGUUGUUGUUUUUUCACUUUUGCUGUCUUACUUUCCUGCCCCUUACCAACGCUGGAUCUGCUGUAAAAAAGCUCAUGAACUUCUUGCACUCCAUGGUCUGCUUCUUAUUAUCACCCCUGAUUCUUCUCACCAAAACCGCCAUGCUUAUAUGAUUAAGAGCUGGAAAACUGCCAUUGAAUCAUUAGGAUUCAAAAGGUACAAAUAUGUGAAGUUCUCCCACAUGCAUCUCUUAGCUUUUCGAAAAAUUUCUCUGCAGACGACAAGUGAUUUAGUCAGCAGAAAUUAUCCAGAGAUGCUAUUUAUUCCACAGGAUUUCAAUCACAUAGAUGAAGAGGAACACCCAGAUGCCAGUUGCCAAGAUAGAUCAGAAAUGGAAGAUGACCAGAUAGCUUACAGUUUUUUGGAGCUACCCGAUGCCCCAUAUGACUCAGACUCUGGAGAGAGCCAAGCCAGCUCUAUUCCAUUCCAUGAAAUGGACGAUCCAGUUUUGCUUUUAAGCUAACCUAGGACUUGUCAUUUGCUACCAGAGCUGCUGUGUUGCCAAAAUAAUUCUGCUGCAUUAUAUAACUUGUAUAGUAUGCAAAAUAUGCAAUACAGUUUGCACAUAGAAAAUGUGAAAAGUUUACAUAGUGGAAUACUCUUUCUAUUAUCUGUUAGAAGAUGGAAGUGUUUGAGGGAUAAACAAAAUAUACACCUGGUAAUAUACUUCAAAAGCAAGAACAUCAGUGUAAAUCAACAAAAGAAGCUGACUCCUUAAAAGUCAAAGUAAAUGUCUGAUUCUGCAGUAUCUUUUUGUCAGCUUUGAGAAUUGGAAGUUACCCUAGUACCUUAAAUUCAAAGGUUUUACGAGUGACCAUGCCACUCUAUUGAUAAUUGCAGGGGAAAACAAUAAAAUUUUUACUGAACAAUUAGUUAAUAGAAUUAAAAAUUAGGAAAAUGUAUGCCAAAGCAAAAAUGUAUUUAUGAUUUCAGACAUAAUGGGCAUUCUCUGUAUUUUAUCUUUGUGUUUCUAAAUUUCACUUAAAUGAUUGCAUUGUUGCAUGUUACCAACUUGUUUGCAGCCAGGACCUUGACUUGUAUGGAAUAUCAAUUCUGAAACAAGUGUUGUUUACCCCUAAUUUUGUUGCUUGACAAAUUUGAAAGGAAAAGGCAAGACAGACUUCUUUUAAGAAGUUACAUUUCUGCUGGCUGCCUAUAGUUAGGCUAUAAUUCACACUAAUUCUGUUUGUAACUUUGCAGUUAGUCUCUCAGAAUUCAAUGUUAAAUUUUCUUGACAAGCAACUUAUUGUGUUCAGUUUUUGAACAAACUGGCAUUGGUCUUUUUGAAAAGUAUAUGCCAUCUUGUCCUUGUGAUCUUUGGCUGAUGAUCUUUCAAGAAAGGAAAGUCAUUGUAGUGAGGAGAGUAAUCAGCAUCUGUUGUAAAGCUGUGGUAAGUAAAUUGAGGAACAAAGCAAGAGCCUCUUUGCAAAUUAUAUGCCACAAAAGAGAAUGGUUGCCUGAAAUUUGUGUGUUGUAUACAUCUGUGCAUAGUCAGUAGAUUUUUCUUGUUAGUGUUCUUUUCUAGCAUGUUGAACAGACAGGUAAAUGCAUGCAUAUUAUCCUGUUAUUAGCAGAUAUACUUGUCUGAAAAAAAAUUUGCAUUUAUACCGUCAAAAGGAAUGAAGCAAAAAGUGUGAUUAUUUUUCCUGAUUGGAUUAUUAAUUGAACAUUUAAGCUGACAGUUGCCAGUGAAAUCUAUAGAAUGUGAUGGCUUUUUUAACGAUCAUUGCAAUUGUGCUGAAAUGGAUUACAUUCAAAUUUAAAACUUAUAUAUGCAAUGCUCUUUUUAACUAACCAUAUUUUAUUUUAGAAAAGCACAGUUUUGUCACUUCAAGAAGAUUGAUCUUAUGACAUUACGAUGCAAGGGAACUUCAAUUCACAUUGUAGUUUUUAGCUGUGGAUAUCUCUUUCCCUCUCGGCAUGUGAAGAAUCAUCUACAUAUAUACCAUAUAUAUGACGGAGUGGAUACACAUUCCCAAAUUAUAGUUACCUGCUUCAGAAUAGCUUGUUUGCCUUUUCUGUAUGAGGUACCAUUAAAAAAUCAUUUGAUGCAUGGAGUCUAUAUAUGCAACCUUUCCAACCGGAGCAAUUUACUCGAAACUCAUUCUCCAGCCCUUUUCUUGUAUUCCCCUACAUUUAUCAUUUCAAAUACAUAAUCAGGUUACUUUAAAAGAUUUAUACAUUUUGUAAAAGCCAUUUAUGAUAAAAAUAUCCCAUGCUCUAAUGACUCAAUGAAGGCAAAAAAAUUCUAAUUUAUCCUCUUUGUUCUACUGGUGGUAAUUCAAAUCUGUGGCCUUUAUGUGCUAAUUUUUGCAAAGUUUCCCAUUAGCAAUAUUCUAAUAUUUCCUCAACUACAUUUAGGUCCUGCCAGCAACCAGGCCUGUUACCUGCUCAAUAUUGAAAUACAUUCUUGUCUUUUAGUAGGUAUUCCAAGAUCACAUUUAAAUAGGUACAAUAAACUGCUGGUACUUUUCAAAUAGAGUUCGAAUGAGAUGACAAUUGUCCAAAAGGCUAUAGAAAGAAUAUGUUUUCCUAGAAUUUCUAGUUUGCUGCCCCAAGUGUGAGGUAAAAAAAUCAAAUAGCAUUCAAAAGACAAUUUUCACAAUGCUGAUAGUUGUAAGGAAAACAGGCUCCCUUUCUUUAAUGGCUGAAUCAAACAACGAUUUUUAAAAUUUCUUUCUAACUUCUUAGUGCUGAACUGUUGACUGGCUAAGCAGUGUGUAGCAUCCUGAAGGACGGAAUCUCACUCUGCUUUGCCGUGAUGAUUUGGGUCUUACUUUUGAGCUAACCUACACAAAUUUUGAAUUGAUGCAGUUAAAAUCAUUUUUUUUGAAGGGUUCACUUGUAACGUAACAUAUAUUUAGUUCAUUUAGUAACAGUAUGUAAUCAUUAAAUGCAAUCACUUACAUAUCCUGUCUGAAAAUUGACCUUGAAUUAUGUAGUAUAUUUCUCAAUUUGCAUGUUCCUAAGUGUCAAGCUACUGAUCUCUACAACUGUGAAGCACAUUAACAACACUAACUAUAAUAGAUGUAUGCAUUUUUGCAUGCUGUUUCUUUUUCAAAAGAAUAAGAUAUUGUUGCUUCUACCACCAGCUUAAACGAGUCCCAAAACCCAUUCAUUCCAGCUUUUACGAGUGCACUGUAUGUAAAGAAAUUAAAAUACUGUAGUUCAUAAAUAAUGCAAAGAUAAUUCAAUAACAAAUUGAUACUGAAAUAUGUUUUAAUAUAUCACACUCAGUUUCAAUUUCUGUUUUCAUUCAUUAAUCAUUUAUGAAUUUUAUAAAUGAUCAAAGCCAGCAGUUGAGAAAAAGUUGAACAGGAUUAUGUGUUUACUUUUUAAAACAAAUAUUUCAGUGGCAAAUUUAUAGAUGCAGAAGAAUGCCAUGAUUCCCUGUGGCCUAGAUUUUUAAAUAGGUUCAUAGCAUUUAUAUGGAGCUUUGAUAAUUGCAGCUACAUGGGUACAAUCUGGUGGUAGAUCAAAGCUAUAUUUUUGAUCCUACUGAAAUACAAGGAUUUAUCUCAUUUUAAAAGUUUGCAUUUCUUGUAUACAUAUAAUUUUAAGUUUAAGAAACACUAAACAAAUAGUUAAUAAGUCGUGUGUGGGUUAAAUGUAGGUUUGAUGUUUUUAUAUGACAAACUAAAAAAGCCUUUUUUAUUCAAAUCUUUCACAGCACAAUUCUGCAUAACAAUUUUUGUAGUAUAGAUGUGCAAAAAAGAUGAAUAUAUUAUUGAAACUUAAAAGGAUGUUACUUUGCUCGAUAUUUCAAUAUGCACAAGUAUCCUGUUCACCAGCCAAAGGUUAGCAGGUAAAAUGGCAUUUCGGAAAUGCCACUGUGUGGAAUUGUGUUUCAAUGUUGCAUUUUGUGAAAAGUUUUACCUCAUAAUGAGGUUUUGCACUUAAACCUUGUGAUCUGGGUUACAACUAUUUUGCUUUACAUUUCAGCUGAUACUCUAUCUGCUCUGAUUUAGACUUUAAUAGCUUAAAUUGGUUUUGUUCUAAUUAAUUUCUGUAGUGUUAGAACUAAAACUUGGCAUUCCAGUGAAGAUUUCAACAGCUUUUUUGUUUGCCAUUCAGAUUUAUUCGAGUUGGUUUACUUAUUUUUAAACUGGUCAUGUUGUGAAUAUUCACCGUUGUAGACGCCAAAGACUGAAAUGGCAUUUUGCUUGGGGGCCAUUAUAGUGUGAUUAGCUAGGAACUUAACAAUUUGAAAAGUGUCAAAUUCUAUUAAUACCUUUCUAAUUUGGACAGAAAAAAAUACACCUUAAUUUAUUUUGAAAACAGUAAUCUGAAAGUUCUUUGUUUCAAAGAAAUCCACAUUUUCAGAAAGCAAUUGCAAGUAACCAUAAACCUUGUAAAUUUUUGUUCUCCUUAAAUUUUGCAUUACAGCAACAGCUAACUUAUUAGAAUUGGAAUUGUUGAAUUUUCAUUUUAUCUAUUGACUUGAGAAAUAUAACUAGACUAUUUAACAAGCGGUUAUAAAAAUCUUCAUCUGAAUUUACCAAUGACAACUUUUUAGUUAACCUUCUUAUAAUAGCGUUUAAAAUAUGAAGACAAUAUUCAAGUCGUGAUUUCUGAAAAUGUGUAUCAUUAAAAAAAAAGAAACUAUAAAUUGUAAUUUGACACUAACCUCCUGCCUUGGCAUUAAUGCCCAAGUGUUGAUUUGCUGAAUGGUAUGGUUGAUACUAAUAGAUAUAAAAACCUUAAACUUGUUUACUGAGUUUAUCAUUUCUUUAAGUAUUUGCAUAUUUCUACAUCUGUAUAUCUAUAUCGGUUGGACAAAGUGAUGAAAAAUUCAUAUUAUGCCAAAUGGUACCUUUUUAGUUAUUGCAUCAGUAUCAGAUCUUACUAAAAUGAAUGUGACCUUUUCUACUGUAUGUAAAAUUCAUUUUUCUUACUGGAAGUGCUUCAAAUUAUACCUGUUGACAAUGGUCACUUAAUAUGGUGAAACUGCAUUGUAAUAUAUCUGUGGUUUUCUGAGUGUCAGCUGUGUAGUUGCUAAGGCAAUAAAUUUUCAAGGUACA